UCUUUCUUCUUUAUCGAUUUCGAGCGGAAUUUAAACGAAAAACCAGGAAAAAAAGAAAAAAAAAAUCUCAAAGCCAUCAAAACUUUCUACAGUCUAUAGAUGAGCAUCUGCCAGCCGUCCGAUCGAUGGGUUCAUCAUCAGCGAACGGAGGAUCGGCGUUCGAGGACAAUCUGAAGGGGUUCAUCCUCGCCGUCGCCUCCAGUGCCUUCAUCGGAGCUAGCUUCAUCUUUAAGAAGAAGGGACUCAAGCGUGCUGGCGUCGCCGGCGCACGUGCUGGGGCGGGAGGAUACGGUUACCUCUUGGAGCCGCUGUGGUGGAUCGGAAUGAUCACGAUGAUUGUUGGGGAAAUAGCGAAUUUUGUCGCGUAUAUCUUUGCGCCAGCAGUUCUCGUGACGCCGCUCGGGGCAUUGAGUAUAAUUGUCAGUGCUGUUUUGGCACAUUUUAUACUUAGGGAGAAGCUGCAGAAGAUGGGAGUUCUAGGGUGUAUACUUUGUAUUGUUGGGUCCACUGUAAUUGUGCUUCAUGCACCGGAGGAGCGGACGCCAGAGUCUGUAGAGCAGAUAUGGAAAUUGGCAACUCAACCUGCCUUUCUUUUCUAUGCAUCGGCAGCAAUUGCGGUGUCUUUGGUACUGAUUUUGCAUUGCUCCCCUCGGUAUGGUACUACAAACAUAAUGGUUUACUUGGGGAUUUGUUCUUUAUUCGGUUCAUUGACGGUGAUGAGUAUAAAGGCCGUAGGAAUUGCCAUUAAGCUUACUAUAGAGGGAUUCAACCAGGCUGGCUAUAUCCAGACAUGGGUGUUUGCAAUGGUUUCCGUCUCCUGUAUCAUUACUCAGUUGAUUUACUUGAACAAGGCAUUGGACACUUUCAACACAGCUGUAGUUUCUCCCAUCUAUUAUGCCAUGUUCACCUCACUGACAAUAUUAGCAAGUGCCAUAAUGUUCAAGGAUUGGUCUGGCCAGAGUGCUAGUAGCAUCGCAUCCGAGAUCUGUGGAUUCAUUACCAUACUUUCUGGAACUACUGUAUUACAUUCAACAAGAGAACCAGAUCCACCUCCAAAUACAGAUUAUACACCACUUUCUCCGAAAAUAUUUUGGCGCAUCCAAGGGAACGGAGAAAUGGGAAAGCACAAAGAGGAGGAUCUGUUAUCUCCUGAGUUUGUUACUGUGGUACGACAAGACUACUUUGCUUAAGAUCCUGGUGCCCAAAUCAUAAGCCGUGCUCUGAAGAGAAAAACUUCGUUUUGUCACGGAUAUUUUCUACAAAAUCCAUGAAGGUUUGCUGCGGUUUCAAGCUGGUAUAUAAUUUUUUGUCGCAUAUAUACAGCAUAGGGGCUAAUAAUCAAGCUUUAGACAAAUAUCAUCAUUGCUUUCCCUUGUAGUAUGUGCUUGGACUGUUUGUUUUUCUUUAUCCCCCUAUCGUAAACGUUUGGGUGCUGGUUUCUAUUUUGUAACAGCAUUAUUCUCAUGAUUAACAUAUGUCAGGGAUAGGGAUUUAGGGAUUUCACUCAUUUGUGUAUUCCCUGGGUUGUAGUUAUUUGUUCAACGUGGGUCUUAUUAUUGGUGAGAAGAGUGUGAUUUUGUUUGUGGUAUUUUUUGGCCAGUGUAUCUUUCGUAGGCACAAUGUUGUACAGAGAGGAUUCUGUAGCUUCUCAUUCAAUGAAAUAUAUUGAAAAUAUUCUGCUUUCUGUA